AGUGUCAGCUUAUUGAGGGCAAGGACUAUUUAAUUUUUGAUCUUCUACAAGCUACACUCUCCUGUUUUGUGUUCUGCUACUGCAACUAUUGCUGUCCUGUGGGGUUUGAAGUGUCUGUCAACAGCACUGAGACAUAAACAAUGAAGGGGCAAAGGCAUAUAUUUUAUGAUUGAAGAACAGGGAAGAUGCCUGCUGCAUCUUGUGAUUCACCUCUUGCAGACAUAGAAGAUAUUGUGUCAAGAGAAGAUUCAAAGCCUCAGGAUAGAUAUUUUUCAAGAAAAAAUAUUGUUCCAAAGGUGCGAAUACGUAAUACUCAAAAAUGUUUGCAAGAGGAAGAUGAUCCACCAAGUGAUAGCACUAUUCCUGGUAUUCAGAAAAUUUGGAUACGGACAUGGGGUUGUUCUCACAAUAAUUCAGAUGGAGAGUAUAUGGCUGGUCAACUAGCUGCUUAUGGAUAUAAAAUUACAGAAAAUCCAUCAGAAGCAGAUUUGUGGCUGCUGAAUAGUUGCACUGUGAAAAAUCCAGCUGAAGAUCACUUUAGAAACUCAAUUAAGAAAGCUCAAGAGGAAGACAAGAAAGUGGUUUUAGCUGGAUGUGUCCCCCAAGCACAGCCUCGUCAGGACUAUCUCAAAGGCCUGAGUAUCAUAGGGGUUCAGCAAAUCGAUCGUGUAGUAGAAGUUGUGGAGGAAACCAUUAAAGGUCAUUCAGUGAGACUCCUUGGUCAGAAAAAAUCUAAUGGAAAACGUUUGGGAGGAGCUCGAUUGGAUUUGCCGAAGAUAAGAAAAAAUCCACUGAUAGAAAUCAUUUCAAUCAAUACAGGGUGUCUCAAUGCUUGUACCUACUGUAAAACAAAGCACGCCAGAGGAAAUUUGGCCAGUUAUCCAAUUGAUGAACUAGUAGAUAGAGCCAAACAGUCUUUCCAAGAGGGUGUCUGUGAGAUAUGGCUGACCAGCGAAGAUACAGGGGCUUAUGGCAGAGAUAUUGGCACUGACCUCCCUACACUGCUGUGGAAACUAGUUGAAGUGAUUCCUGAGGGAGCUAUGCUACGACUUGGCAUGACAAAUCCACCCUAUAUUUUAGAGCAUCUGGAGGAAAUGGCAAAAAUCCUUAAUCAUCCAAGAGUCUAUGCUUUUCUGCAUAUACCAGUACAAUCGGCCUCUGACAGUGUGCUAAUGGAAAUGAAAAGAGAAUAUUGUGUGGCAGACUUCAAACGAGUAGUAGAUUUUCUGAAAGAAAAAGUUCCAGGACUAACGAUUGCUACAGAUAUCAUCUGUGGUUUUCCUGGGGAAACAGAUCAAGAUUUUCAAGACACUUUGAAACUGGUUGAGGAUUAUAAGUUUCCCAGCCUUUUUAUCAACCAAUUUUAUCCACGACCAGGGACCCCUGCUGCAAAAAUACAACAAGUUCCAGCACAUGUGAAAAAGCAACGGACAAAAGACCUUUCUCAGCUAUUUCAUUCAUAUAACCCAUAUGAUCAUAAGAUUGGUGAAAGACAGCAAGUGCUGGUAACAGAAGAAUCUUUUGAUUCCAAGUUUUAUGUUGCACACAAUCAAUUCUAUGAGCAGGUACUUGUGCCAAAGAACCCCAUGUUCAUGGGGAAAAUGGUUGAAGUAGACAUUUAUGAAUCAGGAAAACACUUUAUGAAGGGACAGCCAGUAUCCAAUGCCAAGGUUUACACUCCAUCCAUCAGUAAACCAUUAGCAAAGGGAGAAGUUUCUGGUUUAACAGAGGAGUUUCGACACGUGCUCGAGAACGGCACCCGGAGGGAAGCCCCCGGGUCUGCCAAGGGCCUGGGAGCGGGCCUGGGGCCCAGGACAGGCUUCCAGAUGCCCUGGAUGCUGCCGGACGGAGGACUGAAGACGUUGUCGGUGGCCUUGGCUCUGCUAGCCCUUCUCAUAGCUUUUUUUAUGAAAACGCAGCCAUAGAACACACAACUCCAUAGAGAAUCUGUGGAGAGGAAUCCAUUUCUAAUUAAAAGCUUUGGAAACAUGACCAAGCCUGCUUGAAAGGGCAGUGCUUGUACCCAAGCCUCCUGCCUCCUCUUCGUCCACAGAGGGGAGGCGCUGCUUAGCUCUGAGCUGAAUCAAUUGGCUAUCUGACUCAGAAUUUAGUACUGUUUUGUCUAUAAAUCUCUUAUUUUUCAAAAUUAAAUCCUUUGGAUUAUUUUUAGCAAGAUGCACAGAGGGUCUACAUUUUAAAAUCUCUGUGCCUUCAGUUUUGAGACUAAAUAUAUUGCAAGUGAUUCCAGGCAUUUCUUUAUAUAUGAAAAAUGUUGAAGCUUUAUUAAACCUUUUUUUAAUGUA